AUGGCAGAUAAAGCCCAGUGUGAGGGUCCAUGCUUCCUGGUGAGGAGCCCCAACAAAAACGUGGCCCAGUGCAGCAGCAGCAGAAUAAACUUCCUCUCCUCGCACCAGAGCGGACACUUCCUGAGGGGAUUGAACCAAAACAAGCCUCUGAAAAAGCAAAAACAGCCCAGCACUAAAUAUUGGGGGGAGUUCCAGACCUCGGGACGUGCUCUGCUCAUGGAGGCCACAUGCACCUGCUCUGGGGCUCAGAGGUCACCAGCCAACACUCAAACCAGACUCUGCACCAAUGUGGAGGAAUAUCACUGCUCAAUCUGA